GACAGGGCGGCAUGACGUCACGCAGGGUUGGUCUUGCCCUUUUAUUAGCCAAGGGGAGCAAAGCGCCAGGUUGCAAGAGCUCCACACUGCAGCUCUGUCCGGCCGGCGGCAGAGGGGAUGUCCUACUAACUUCCACCCCCCAUCCCCCCCCCCAAAAAACAACAAAAAGAAACUAGAAACUUUCGGUCAAACAGAAAAAAAAACCCACUGACUGACUGACAAAGUGUCGCGACUUGCCUCACACUUUUAUGCAACUUUUACAUGUGUGUGUGUGGGUUUUUUUUUUCUUUCUUAAAGCUAAAAACAGACACUGCUCAUCUGCUUCGAUAACUUCUGAAUGAGCCGCUCGCGUUCAGAGUUCUUUCUUUUUUUUAAUGUUGAACCUCAUCUUUUAAUCUGACGUCUGGGAUAAAGUCGCUUCUCUGUCAGCGCGAGACUCGUGAUGGCCGUCCUGUCACUAGCGUUCCUCCUCCUGGGAUUUGCAUUGACUUCGGCCGACAAGGCUGGCGAAGUAGAAAAAGAGGACCGGCUGAGGAGCCGGCUGAAGGAAUACGGCCUCAUCACUCCCUUCAGCACCGACUCCCACGGACGCUACCUGUCGCACCUGCUCUCCGCCGCCCACAAGCAGCGCACCAAGCGGGAGGCGCCUCCGCCCGGCGGGGCCGAGCAGGAGCUCUUCUUCAACAUCUCCGCCUUCGGGGAGGAGUUCCACCUGCGCCUGCGGCCCAACAACCGGCUGGUGGCGCCCGGCGCCGUGGUGGAGUGGCACGAGGAGACGCCGGCCGCCGCCGCCGCCGACGCCGACGACGGGGGGGAGCAGGGCGGCAACCAGACGGAGAGGAAUCCGCAUCGCGAGCUGCUGAAGACAGACUGCACCUUCAUCGGCGACAUCACGGACGUGCCCGGCGCCUCGGUUGCCAUCAACAACUGCGACGGACUGGCCGGGAUGAUCCGCACCGACGCAGACGAGUACUUCAUCGAGCCGCUGGAGAGAGGCACCCAGGAGCUGGAGCACCAGGGCCGGGUCCACGUGGUCUACCGGCGCUCCGCCCUGCUGCAGCCCCCCGCCGACCCGCCCGGCGACGACGACGACCUGCCACCAGAGCUGCACGUACCCGCCGCCCUGGACUCUGUGGCCCGGCGGGUCAACGAGACCGCCCGCCGCCGCCGCCGCCGCCGAGACGCCGGAGAGGACGACUACAACAUCGAAAUCCUGCUGGGGGUCGACGACUCGGUGGUUCGCUUUCACGGAAAGGAGCACGUGCAGAACUACCUCCUCACGCUCAUGAACAUCGUGAACGAGAUCUACCACGACGAGUCGCUGGGCGUCCACAUCAACGUGGUGCUGGUGAGGAUGAUCAUGCUGGGCUACGCCAAGUCCAUCAGCCUCAUCGAGAGGGGGAACCCGUCCCGCAGCCUGGAGAACGUCUGCCGAUGGGCCUUCGUGCAGCAGAAGAGCGACUCGGAGCACGCCGAGCACCACGACCACGCCAUCUUCCUGACUCGCCAAGGCUUCGGGCCGACGGGGAUGCAGGGUUACGCUCCGGUCACGGGGAUGUGCCACCCGGUGCGGAGCUGCACCCUCAACCACGAGGACGGCUUCUCCUCGGCCUUCGUCGUGGCUCACGAGACCGGACACGUGCUGGGCAUGGAGCACGACGGCCAAGGCAACCGCUGCGGGGACGAGACGGCGAUGGGCAGCGUGAUGGCGCCGCUGGUGCAGGCGGCCUUCCACCGGUACCACUGGUCCAUGUGCAGCGGCCGGGAGCUGAAGAGAUACAUCAGCACCUACGACUGCCUGCUGGACGACCCCUUCAAGCACGACUGGCCUCAGCUGCCCGAGCUGCCCGGCAUCAACUACUCCAUGGACGAGCAGUGCCGCUUCGACUUCGGCGUCGGCUACAAGAUCUGCACCUCGUUCCGCACCUUCGACCCGUGCAAGCAGCUGUGGUGCAGCCACCCGGACAACCCGUACUUCUGCAAAACCAAGAAGGGGCCCCCGCUGGACGGGACCGAGUGCAACCCGGGAAAGUGGUGCUACAAAGGUCACUGCAUGUGGAAGAACCCUAAUCAGGUCAAGCAGGACGGCGCCUGGGGCUCCUGGAGCAAGUAUGGCUCCUGCUCGCGCUCCUGUGGAACCGGAGUCCGCUUCAGGACGCGGCAGUGCAGCAGCCCGCCGCCCUCCAACGGGGGCCAGGACUGCCCGGGGCUGAACUACGAGGCCGCGCUGUGCAACGCCGACGACUGCCCCAAGCACUACGAAGACUUCCGGGCGCAGCAGUGCCAACUCCGCAACUCCCACUUCGAGUUCCAGAACGCCAAACACCACUGGCUGCCCUACGAGCAUCCCGACGCCAGCAAGAGAUGCCACUUGUACUGCCAGUCGAAGGAGAGCGGAGACGUGGCGUACAUGAAGCAGCUGGUGCACGAUGGGACGCGGUGCUCCUACAAAGACGCCUACAGCAUCUGCGCACGCGGGGAAUGUUUGAAAGUCGGCUGCGACAGAGAGAUCGGCUCCAGCAAAGCGGAGGACAGGUGCGGCGUCUGCGGCGGCGACAACUCUCACUGUCGCACCGUCAAAGGCAGCUUCACCCGAGCGCCGAAGAAACCCGGGAAACAGUUAAGCAAGAGAGCCCAAAAAGAAACCCCUUUGUUGGAAGACACAAUAUGGAAGACCAGAGGAGCCUUCUCUCUGCCCAAAGGAGCACGCAAUGUGUUUUUGAAUGAAACCGAGGACUCUAGAAACACGCUGGGCUCCCUUAAGAUGUUUCUCAUUCCUCCCGGAGCGAGACGUGUGAUCGUCCAAGAACACGAGGCCUCCCCUCACAUUCUUGCGAUCAAGAACCAGGCGACGGGGCACUACAUCCUCAACGGGAGGGGGGAGGAGGCGGCGUCCCGGAGCUUCAUCGACUUGGGCGUGGAGUGGAACUACAUCCUCGAGGACCAGGUGGAGAUGCUGCACACGGACGGACCUCUGCACGACCCCGUCCUGGUCCUGAUCAUACCCAAAGACAAUGAAACGCGGUCUACUUUGAUGUACAAAUACAUCAUCCACGAGGACUCGGUGCCCGUGAACAACAACAACGUCAUCCAGGAGGACACGUACGAGUGGGCUCUGAAGAGCUGGUCGCCCUGCUCCAAGCCCUGUGCCGGAGGGUUCCAGUACACCAAGUACGGCUGCAGGAAGAAAGGGGACACGAAGAUGGUCCACCGGGGAUACUGCGACGCCGGCAAGAAACCCAAACCCAUCCGCAGGAUGUGCAACCUGCAGGACUGCACGCAGCCCCAGUGGAGCUCCGACGACUGGGAGCACUGCACCAAAACCUGCGGCAGCCUGGGCUUCCAGAUCCGGACGGUGCGCUGCGUGCAGUGCCUCAGCGACGGCACCAACCGCUCCGUCCACAGCAAGUACUGCAGCGGCGAGAAGCCCGAGAGCCGGAGGCCGUGCGGCCGGGUGUCCUGCCCCGCGCAGUGGAGGACCGGCGCCUGGUCGGAGUGCUCCGUCACCUGCGGGGAGGGAAUGGAGCGCCGGCUGGUCACCUGCCGGAUCGGAGACCAGUGCAACGGAGACAAACCGGAAACCGUGAGGUUCUGCAGACCGGCAGCCUGCCACGGGUUUCAACCCGCACCUUCUUCUCCCCGUUCAGAUGAGCCGUGUAGCGGAGACAAGUCCAUCUUCUGCCAGAUGGAGGUGCUGGCGCGGUACUGCUCCAUCCCGGGCUACAGCAAGCUGUGCUGCGACUCCUGCAGCAGGCGCGGCGCCGCCCUGUCGCCGUUCCCCGAGGCGGCCGAGGCCGAGGAGCACGCUCGCUUCGGCUCCGCCUCCCAGCUGCUGGAGACGCUGACGGCCUACGCGGCGGCCAACGCCACGCGCGGCGGCAAAGGGCCCGCCCCCGGCGCCGCCCCGCUGAAGAAAGCGCCGCCGAAGGUGACGCCGGCGCCCCGGCGGGUCCCGCGGCAGGCGGGCCUCUCCGGCAUGAAGCUGGCCGCCACGGCGCCGUCUCCCCCGGAGCACUCGGAAGAGGGUCAAAGGUCAAGCGGCUCGACAGAGGGUCGGCGGCCUAUUGGGUAUUCCGGAGUGGAGAGAUGAGAGCGAGGCUCCUCCCCUUCAGGACUCGUAAUGUACAGCAGCAAAGAAAAGUGCUGGUUCACUUUGUUUGGUUUUUUUAGAAUCUCCCCUCCGCCCCUCACAUUGACUUCCAAAGUAUCGACGACAGAUAUCAGACAGCCAAAGGAUUACUAGAUAUCAAAAAGAUGGCGUCUGAUCAGCAACGCUGAUUGAAAAAAAUGCAACAAUGGUCGUUUUAUUCCAACCAGACCUUUUUAACCCGACGAAUGGGGAAGCUUUCUUUUGUGUCACCCACAGUGUGUCGACUUUCACCUGUCCCAGUGAGUGCAUUCACCUGUCCCAGUGAGAGCAUUCACCUGUCCCAGUGAGGGCAUUCACCUGUCCCAGUGGGAGCAUUCACCUGUCCCAGUGGGAGCAUUCACCUGUCCCCGUGGGUGCAUUCACCUGUCCCAGUGAGAGCAUUCACCUGUCCCAGUGGGAGCAUUCACCUGUCCCAGUGAGAGCAUUCACCUGUCCUAAUUCUCCUGUCCCAGUGAGGGCAUUCACCUGCCCCAGUGAGAGCAUUCACCUGUCCCAGUGAGAGCAUUCACCUGUCCCAGUGAGGGAAUUCACCUGUCCCAAUUCACCUAUCCCAGUGAGGGCAUUCACCUGUCCCAAUUCACCUGUCCCAGUGAGAGCAUUCACCUGUCCCAGUGAGAGCAUUCACCUGUCCCAGUGAGGGAAUUCACCUGUCCCAGUGGGAGCAUUCACCU